GUGAGAUAGCGUGCACGUCACGCACCUAAGCACAGCCGUUUGGGUUGGGUUUCGCUGAUCAUCAUCUACCACCUACUGCCGAGAACUCAAAAAUAUUCCUUAAUCCCCUUUCUUCUUUGCUUCUUUCUCACUUCUUCUUCUGUUUUCAGAUCAAGCUAACUUCAGGGUGCAGUAAGGGUUGAUCCUCUUGUCUAAUAAUCACAGCAAUAGCGAAAAAUGUUUUUUGAUGGAUAUGGAUAUCAUGGGACAUCAUUUGAGCAGACUUACCGAUGUUACCCUGCUUCGUUUAUUGAGAAGCCCCAACUCGAAAGUGGUGAUAAAAUUAUAAUGCCUCCAUCAGCACUUGAUCGUCUAGCAUCACUGCAUAUUGAUUAUCCAAUGUUGUUUGAACUUCGGAAUGAUGCUGCUGAGCGGGUUUCUCACUGUGGAGUUUUGGAGUUCAUAGCAGAAGAAGGCAUGAUAUACAUGCCAUAUUGGAUGAUGGAGAACAUGCUUCUACAAGAGGGGAGCAUUGUAAGAGUGAAAAAUGUGACCCUACCGAAGGGGACAUAUGUUAAGUUACAACCUCACACAAAGGAUUUCUUGGAUAUUUCUAAUCCUAAAGCUAUAUUAGAAACAACAUUGAGGAAUUUUUCCUGCUUGACCACCGGAGAUAGCAUUAUGGUUGCUUACAACAACAAGAAGUAUUACAUAGAUAUUAUAGAAACAAAGCCUGCCAAUGCUAUAAGCAUCAUUGAGACUGACUGUGAGGUGGACUUUGCUCCUCCUCUAGAUUAUAAGGAACCUGAAAAGCCCUCUCUACCAGCUUCUUCUGGCAAGGCAGCAGCCGCUGUUGAAGAGACCCCUGCUGAGACUGAGCCCAAGUUUAACCCAUUUUCUGGGGCUGGGAGACGCUUGGAUGGAAAGCCAUUGAACUAUCAGCCUCCUCCGGUUUCUUCUUCGGGUUCUAAGGACAAGAAACCUGAUGCCCCAAAUGUUAAUUCACACUCGUCUGCAGCGUCUAGUUCACAAAGUAAUGCUCGUCAAGCUCAGGGCAAGCUUGUGUUUGGGUCAAAUGCAAACCGUACUAAAGAUACGGGAAAAGCAAAACAGUCAAAAGAAGAGCCACCUAAAGAGAAAGAAGAAAAUAAAUUUCAGCCUUUCACUGGAAAGAAGUAUUCUUUACGGGGUUAAUUUAUAUAAUAUCAUUGCUUUCAUAACUUUAUAAUGUAAUUUAUUUCGUUCAUCGGUGCAAGGAACCCGGUCUACUGCAGAACUAUGUAUUUUUCAGUGUAAUAUAAGCAGAUUAUAAGACCCAGUAGACGCUACAAAUUACCUCAGUUUCCUUGAUGGUUUGUGGAUGAAAGUUCUUGACAACUGAAGAAAGUUUUCAAUCA